UACGGGACGCCUCCUGAGGAGAAAAGGAGAAAAAAAGAAAAAUCCGCACCCUAAGCUAACCAUGACGAGGGACGGCGUGCCGCCGACGGCGCCGGCGCCGGCGGGCGGGGCGUCCGGGGACGGGCCGAGGCGGUGCUCGCAGUGCGGGCACCACGGGCACAACUCGCGCACGUGCACGGCGCGCGGCCCCGUGAAGCUCUUCGGCGUGCGCAUCGGCGACAAGCCACCCAUCAGGAAGAGCGCCAGCAUGGGCAACCUCGCCCAGCUCGCCGCCGAGGGGAGCGGCGGCGCCAGGGCCGGCGGGUACGGCUCCGAGGGGGACGACGAUAAACCCCACCGGAAGCGAGGUGAGUCAUGGUCAGAAGAGGAGCACAAAAAUUUUCUACUGGGGUUGAAGGAAUUAGGAAGAGGAGAUUGGCGAGGCAUAUCCCGUAAUUACGUUGUUUCGAGGACACCCACUCAAGUUGCUAGCCAUGCUCAGAAGUACUUCAUUCGCCAAUCAAAUGUUCAUAGGAGAAAGAGAAGAUCAAGCCUAUUUGAUAUGGUCAUUGAUGAUUCUGGUGAUCGGCCACUCUCUCGUUCAUCGUCACAAGAGAUGCCACUAUCCCGUUCAUCUUCAGAAGAAGUAGAAGAGUACAUCGAGGAUCUGCAACCUGUUAGUGCUCCUGUGCCUGUUCUAACAUCUGUUUCAGUCCCACCAACAGUGCCAGUGGUCCCACCACCAAUGCCAGUAACAGCAUCGCCUGCUCCUGUGCUAACAAAUGCAUCAGCCCCACCAGUUCCAGCAAUGGCACAUCAACCUGAGGAAUAUGAAUCGGCUGGUUCAAGUUCAAAUACCAGAGAAGCAGGGACCAUGAUGCCACAAGUCAUGCACCCCUAUGGAUAUCCAGUGAUGUUUCCUCCACCUCACUAUGCCCCAGCAUUUUAUCCGGUUCCAUACUACGGCUAUGCUCCUAUGUUCUACGGGCCCCCCGUUCCGGUGCAAGCAUCAUCCCAAGCUACAGUACAAGCAUCACAUGAGCUUGUCAGGCCUGUUGCCACCCACUCAGGUCCUCAGAUAAAUGUCGAAGACCUCUAUGGCAUGUCUGAACUGAGCCUGAAGGGCAACUCAAAUACCAACAGUGUUGCUCCUAAUUUGCAGUUGCCUCCAAAACCAAAUGGGACAAAAGAUAGGCGAUCUGCUUUCCAUGCGAAAGCACCUGCCAAUGGAUCGUCAAACGGACUAAUCCCAGCGAAGUGAUUUGGCCAUUCAUGUGUAUGUAGUCCUUAGAGGGUAGAAAAAUCAUAAUAGCUUAUGCUGCUAAAACAGUGUUGUGAUACAUGGGAAAUGUUUUCGCUGCUCAUGUUAGCUUUCAUGUAUGGAAGUGAUAUGUUCCCUGAAUAAAAUUUAUUGUUAUAGUCAUAACCGAGUGUUGAAUUCAUGUUUUGAUAGGUUUAUGUUGAAAUCGA